GAAGCCUGGCAGCGAAAAACCAAACAAAAUGAAUUUCGUGUGUCUUUUCUAAGUAGGAAGGGAACUGGGGGUGAAGUCUUCGCUGGGGAAGAGGCACGCAGAGUGCUGAAUGACGUUCGAUUUGAUAUCGAUAAGGAGAUGGUAAGGAGAAAGCGGCUCGAAGGUGUUGAAGAUUGACAGCAAAACUGCCCAAUCCUCGGUGUCCUUUGAGGGGGCGGGGCGGUUCACUUGGUUCAUGUGGGCGAGGCGGAGACGACGUGAAGAGGCCAUGAAUUUGAAAGAAACGGCUGGAACCGAGCUAACAGCUAGAGCGCGCGUCCGGCAAGCUAACAGCUAGAGCGCGCGUCCGGCAAGCUAACAGCUAGAGCGCGCGCCUGGCGCGAGCCCAACACAAGAGACAACAAAUUGCUGUCAGAAACGGUGCGCGUCACACUCGAGGUCGUCAGCGAUUCAUUUCAGCGAGGAGACCUGGAAGAGAAGGGAGAAAACGGGAAGAAAAUCAUGGAUUGAACACGAAUGGCCUUCAGCGUUACCGUGCGGCGCAAACCGAGCCAAUAAACAGCUGUUUGUCUUUUUUUCCUCUCCACCCCCUCGCUCAGCCGAAGGAAAAGUACAUUUUUUUUUCUCUCCCCUUUGGCCAAAUCAAAACGGAAAUUCUCCUUCAAUAACAUCGCCUAAGAAACAAAAUGCGGCGAAGCUGAAAGUUGUGCUCGCAUUUCAAUUUUAAAUAAUCGUAAAGGGGGGUGUCGAUCAGCCCUACGAUUGUGUGGUUGAAGAUGAUGCAGAAGCAGCUGCAACGGGAUGAGGUUUACCGUUGGUUCGGCGAGUUAAAUUCCUCACAGAGAGUGGAUUUCAUUUGUGGGUUGCUCGACCUCUGUAUCCCUCUGGAGCUACGCUUUUUGGGCUCCUGUUUAGAGGACUUGGCCAAGAAGGACUAUCAUUCUCUCAGGGAUUCCGAGAUCAAAGCUAACAACGUGGCUGACCUAGCCAGCUUGACCAACAUGACAGACGAAGUGGUCCGCAGUAAACUCAUCGUCUCCUUGGCCUUACUAUGCUCCGACAACAGGGAGGCGUCUGGGGUUUUGUACCGCACCCUUACCCACAUCGAUUCCAUCAUCAACAACUAUGGCCUUCAGCUUCACGACAGGACUGGCGAUGAAUUCCUGCUCUUAUUUACCAUGGCUUCCAACCAUCCUUCCUUCACUUUCCAUCAGAAACAGGUCCUGAGGCAGGAGCUGCUGGAAAUCCAGAGAAUUAUCGAUAGUACUUCCAAUAAAGCCACUGUCCCUGUCGCGGCCACUACUACUGCAGCCAACUGGAACAGUAGUUCAGCAGUCUGCAAGGUAGUACACAGAGCUGAAAGUGGUGUGCACUGUUUGCAGAAUGCAUUACAGACAUCAGCACAUUCCUGUGAGGUCCUCCCAAAACGACCUUCAGGCAAGCACUCAAAAUUAAGUAUUGAGAGGAUUGAUCUAAAAGGAUUACAGCAUAAGAAGAAUGAGAAAACUACUGAAUAUUCCUUUGAGGUUCUGUGGUCAGAUUCUUCAGUGACUUUUGUAACCAAGUCUUAUCGGGAACUGAAAGAAUUUCUUACAAAGCUUCCUCAAAUGUUCCCAGAUGAGAAUUUGGAAAGUGCCAUUCCAGAAAUCAACAACCAUGACUUUUGCACAGAGGAGAGAAAAUUUGCAGAUCUGGAGCCAUAUCUCAGAUACCUGAUAUCCUUGCCUUCUCAUAUGCUCAAAAUUGACCACAUACAGAAAUUUUUCAGCACUACCACAGUUAAUCAGACCAGUCAGCAUCUGAAUACGAAUUCCAUACCAGUGAUGUUACACAAAGCUAACACAAGCAAUGGUGCAGCUGUAAGGCCAAUAUGUGGUGUAGCCAGCAUCCAGUGUUCCCAUAACACACUACAGCCAUCCGUUUCUGUUUCUUCUUGCCCACACUCAGUCAGUGGAAGCUCAGCCUCAGUCACUUGGCCACAAGCUGAGAGCUUGAGUCCACAAAAUCCAGAACAAAUUGGAAUUCUUGACUGGCUCAAAAAGUUACGACUGCACAAGUAUUAUCCUGUUUUUAAACAACUCACAAUGGAUAAGUUUCUCAGUCUUACUGAAGAAGAUCUGAACAAAUUUGAAACACUCACAUUAGGAGCAAAGAAAAAGUUGAAGAUGCAAUUAGAACUUGAAAAGGAGAAGUCUGAGAGAAGAAAUAUUAACAAUGCUGGUCAGUCACCAGUGUCUACUGCUGGAAUUGCAAGGGUGACACCAACAAGUCAUUUUGGUCCUAUUCAUUCCAUCCGCUGCCACCCAGCUACAGAACUUCGAGUAGAGGUAGAACAGCACAGUCGUACAGCAACAAAAGAUAGCGGAUCUUCCUCUGAAUAUUCAAGUUCACCAUCAAGUCCAAUAGGAAUCCAGGGAAGGGAGGAGAGUUCAGAUAGCGCAGAUGAAAAUGAAAGAAAUGCAGAAACUGUUUUGGACAUUCAAAUAAGGGAGAAACCAGCAAUGUUAUCAAGUCAACUGAGUAACCUAAACACUGGGUCAUGGAGGCCCACAGCACAAGUCUCUCCAGUACAAAAUGAGAGUGGAUUAGUGCAUCCCAGCCAUGUAUCUUCAGCCAUUUCCUCAGUGCAGAUCAUGCCAGUGAUCUCUUCAAACAUUGCCCCCAGUCGAAUGCUGAAUUCAGUACGCAAGUCAGAAAGAAGCAGCUUUGAUAUAAAGCCAAUAACAGGCAUAUCCUCUCCAAUCCAUGCAAGUCCAACUGUUGACCUUGGAAACAAAAUUCAUGAAGGACCUGCCAAUAGCAUCAAAGUGGAAAAAAAGUUUGGCUCUGUUGGAGCCAUGGUUGUAGAUGUAAUGCCAACUUCUCCAGUUCAAGCUUCCCAAAUAUCUACAAUUGUAUCGGAAAAUAGUGGGAUUUCGUCUAAUGUUGUAAACUUUGGAAUUAGGACUAAAGUUGGACCUCCUUCCUCCAUGGAUAACGCAGCCAAAACUUCUCCAUUAUCAGUACUGAGAAUGGACACAAGUUCUUCCACUACUGCAACAUGUAACUCUGCAUAUAACAUUUCUCAGUCCCCAAUGAAACUUUUGGUCUCUUCCCCCAUUCCUACAGAACCAUUGCUGGUGGGACAGACUGCCUAUAAUAGUGUUGUACAAGUGAAAAGUGUCUCACCUGCUGUAAUAAGCUCAAGAACAGUUCCUUAUUCAGCAAACACCAAAGUUGCCUUUUCAACAAUUCAAUGUUCACCUGUAACUUCCAUCUCUGGCACUUUCUGCACGAAUAACAACAAUGCACCUGCCAAUAGCCACUCUUCGGUGUCCUUCACAAACAUUGCGAGUAUGCCAAAUUGUCCUAUCCCUAGUUCCAGUCCAACCCUCUCCUCUGUGGCUGAAAACAGUUAUAUUAACAGCAAUAAUGGUAAUGGAGGCUCAGGAAUGAAUAUCCCAGUGCAACAGCAGCAGCAAUCUGGGUGUAAUGUGUGCAGUUCAUGUGGCUGCAGUGGAAACUGCGGUUCCAAUCCUGUGACAAUUAACUAUGCCAAUUACUUCCAAAGCCCAUUUUCCGGGCAUUCAGUGUUAACUUUUCCAAUUUUUCCAUUCGGUCCUUUAUGUAACAGCGGUUAUAUCAGCACCCAAUAUAAUAACAGUACUGCCUUUCCCUAUCCAAUUGUUCCAUCCCCUGCCUAUAAUAGUGCAGUAACUCCAGAAUCCAUCUUAAGUGGACCAUCAAACUUUGUCAUGCCUCCCAUGCAGAAUUUCCUGGGUGGUACAACUGCAGUAUAUCAGACACAACACAUACUAGGAAGCACAAAUGGAUCAGGACAUAAAAAGAAUGGACAUAUUUCAUGCUACAACUGUGGGGCUAAUGGGCAUCGAGCUCAGGACUGCAAGCAGCCAGCAAUGGAUUCCAAUCAGCAAGGUACUUUUAGACUGAAGUAUGCACCUCCAUCUGAAAGUAUGGAUUCAGCAGACUAAUAGUUGGAAAUGCGCAUUCAUAUGAAUCACAGUGUGCCAUUGAGUAAAAUAAUAGCAGGUACAAGGAAAGGUACAAAGAUGUUCAGUGGAUAUCUCGUCCUGCUAAAUUAAUUUCCUGCUUUUUUUUAAUCCAAAGGUGCUUUUUAAAAAAUCUUAUACGGGAAUAUAAACUACACUGUGCAUGCACUAGCUGUAAAUAUAAGUAUGAUGGAGUUUUAAGAAGUAAUGGCUAAAGCCAGAAUCAGUGUGUUCAGCAAAAAUUGUGCAUUGACAUUGCACAAGAAAAAUGAAAUUUAUCCUGAACUUUUACACAACUAUGGCUGUUUCUAGGAACUAAAACACAACAGCAGAAAUCUUCCAGAGUAACUAUUUUCCUUUUGGUGGCCAAUACUGUACAGCUUUACAAGAAUAGGAAAAAAAAGUUGUGUUGGUUGUUGGGUUUUGGGGGGAGGGGGGGAGGAAUGAGUUAACUCCAGAGAGAAGAACAAAGAACUCAGUUUCAAAUAAUUCGUUGUUAUAUUUACAAUGCAAUAUUGGUGGAGCACAGCAGAAUUCAACAAAGUACUCUCAUCUGACCACCAAGAUAGGGAAGAUGUUUGGAAAAACAACGCUGAAAGAACAGAAGAACUCAUUAGUCUCUGAGAAGAUGCCGAACAUAAGUGUGACUGGGUGGGAAAACUUGUAUCUGUUUUUGUAAGGUUCUUCAACUUGUAUAUUUUUAAUAGAGAGACCUUUACAUGUAAAAUGAUACAAAAGUAUUUUUUGUAAAAUUAGUUCUGUUUUGUAGAAAUAUCCAGUCAAGUUCUCCUGAAUCAAUUUGUCAUGUUUACAAGUGUUUGUACUUGUGUGUGUGUGUGUGUAUGUGAGAGCGCAUGCGUGCGUGUGAGCAUGUAUGACAGUCAACAGCUGAUGUAGAAGAAACUUUACAUAUGUUAGCAUUUAUGAGAAUAUUGAAUUGGUUUUGCAAUUUAUAGUUUCAUUGAUCUUGCAUAACACACUAAAUCAGCAAAGUCAGUUAACACUUUAAAGAAGGUAGCCUGUUAUUUUGUCAUCAUUUGGAAUAUGAGAAAAUUUUUUUGCUUUCACCCAUAAGAAGAAAAUCUUGGUACAUUAAGAUAAAAGUUGGAAGAAUUUUGCUUCAGUCGCAAAGAAAUUCAAAUGUUUUAUGCUUUUUCAUCCCAGAGUUGUGAAUAUAGAUCUGUAUGAGAGGGAAGUGGAAGCUCUUACUUGCAGUGGCUCAUCCUCUUGUCUCUAUGCAAAGUGGAAGCUCUCCACAGAACUGAACAUACACUGCAGUACUGCAUGUGACUAAAUACAUUUUGAAUAUACAGUGUGCUAAAAUGUUUGAUGCAGCAAACAGUAUUGUAGUACAGGAAGAACUUGGAGAUUUAACAUUUGAAGCUAUAUUUGUUGCUAAUGUAUCAUUACAUUGCCCAUCCCAUAAGAAGUCAAUGUAGGAAUAAGGUCAGAGUAAAUUAUAUGCGCCAUUAUUACUUGCCUUAAUUAACUCGAAAUCAAGAGUUAGUUUUCCAAAUAAAUUUGAUUACAUUAUUAUAGGCUUGCAUUCUGCAAUAUAAUGUUUGUGAUCAAAUGUUUCUGGGUAAGUUUAUUGAUGUCGCCUACACUUUUACUAGAGAUAACAAGAGCAUUAUUUGGAAUCUAAUGCAGGGGAAGUAACUUUUAAUUAAAAGCCCUCUCACUAUAUUAAUUAAAGGCCCAACACUUGGACUGAAUGUAAAAUUUUGAUUUCAUUUUGUUAAUUUCUGUUUCCAAGACAUGGUAAACCUUUUUUAGCUGUUCUACAAAAGAUCCAUGUAAUUUCUGCAGUGUGUACCUUCAUGUGGGGUGAUCCCAGUAUACCACACAAGUGCUAAAAAUUUUUCCAAUUGAUUGGGUAUUUAAACUGGACUUUGGGAUCUUGGAUGUUAUAUCCAAAAUCAGAACAUAACUUCAUUGGGUAAUUUUAGUGUUAACAAUAUGCAGUUUGAUAUUUAAAAUUUCUAUGAUUUUAUUGCCAUCUGUAACCUAGUCCUCCCAUAAUUUUAUUUUAGGGACCAAAGUUGUGUAUCUUUCAAAGGCUUUGGAUAUUCCAAAUUGCAAACCGAAUGAUUUUAAAAGUGUAGGCUGCACCAACAAUUCUAUGAAAUCUGAUAUUUGGAAACUUUUUGUUCAUUGAAAACCUUUUAUGCCACCCACCUUUAUAUUGAAAUAAACCACUGGAAGACAUCAUAACAUUGUGCUUCAGUGAUGCUGGGUACAGCUCCCCAUUUAUGAUGUUGAAACAGAAAAUUUUCUACCGUAUAUCUGCAUUAGGCCACCUGUGAUAACCAAAUAUUAAUGCAUAGUAUUAGUGAAUGACCAAGAUACCUAUGCCCAUGGAAGAUUUUUUUUGUGUGAUUUAUAAGACCAUUGUAAAAAUCUGUGAAUAUUAUCUACCUUCAAGUUUGAAAUAAGAGCACGCCUGAUUAAAAACAAGUUGGGCACUGGCCUUAAACAAUGGACAAUCUAAGUUAUGUAAAUCUGAUACAUUCUCAUAAAGUGAUGAUAGGCAUUUAUGUAGAAAGUUUAUACCCACCAUUUACACAACUAAAAACGGUUGAGAUCAUAAUAUACAAGUAUCUGUAAACAUCAUGAAAUGUUUGGUCUAAUCAUGUGACUUUAUGAAAACUUUUAAGAUAUAAGAAAUUUUAAUUUUUUUCCUAACUAAAUUCUCCUUUUUCAUUUGGGAAUAUCCAGUGCGAUAUCAAUGUUUAUUCACAUCUGAAGAAUUGUGCAACACAGAUUAGAAAAACUUUGGUUUAUGUUAAUUAUUCAGGUUAGCAUUAGGGGAAAAAAGGAAAUUGUUGCAUGACUAAACCAGAUGAGAAGCAGAUUUGUGCUGCCUUUAGAUUUUUUUUAUACAUAAUGAACAAAAAUUGAACAAAGGUCUAUCAGCAUAGUUCAACUAUACUGACAACUCCAUUGACUAGGUAGAGUUGCAAAAGAACUGAUCCUCAAGAUCUGUAGAUACAUUUUAAAAACUAUAUUUAAUGUCAUGGUAUUAUAGGUAGGCUAUUGGGUUCAUCUAUCACACCCUGAAAUGCCAUCUCUUUUAUGAAAAAAAACACAAGUUGCAAGCUAGUCAUAUUUCUAGUUUAUGUCUGCAUUUCAUAUAUCAACACACAAUACAAUAUAGAGUGAAGGGAAGUAGGUUUUUUUUCUGUUUAUUAGCUUGAAAGGGAGAGUGAUAUUUCCUUUUGGUCAUUGCUGUCCACAUUUGUCUCCUUUGUUUCUGUGUUUCUCUCUGUCCCCACUCCAGCUUAGGAAAAUAUAAACCUUCAAGACCUCAAUGGCUAAUAAUUAAAAGCCAGCAUUGAUCUAGGCCAUAAUGAUCAGAGGAGACCUAGCUUCAUUCUCAUUUUCUACUGAAUGAACAGUUUUUAACUAUUAACGUCAGGCUGUGUUUAGCGGUGGAUGGGAAAUCUGAUACAUCAGAUACAAUCUUCCCCACUGAUUGCUAUUUAAUGAUUCCUUUGGAUACAUAAUGAGAAUGGCAUUAUGCUUUUUUUAUGGCUGAAUAGCUUCCAAUCAAUGCUUACACAUGAGGAUUGAUCACUUGAGCAAAAGUUCCAGCUACUGCAAACUCUUAACUCCAUUUCUGCAGGACUUGCAUCCAGAAAUUUGUCCUUGUGUUGAAGCCAAUGAAGCAGAAUUUCAGAAAAUUAGUGAAAUGUGCAGAUGCUACCAUACUGCAAGUAUAAUGUUACUUACCGAGGAUGAAUUUCUCCCCCCAGUGCCUUCAGGAGAGAUGGGAGAAAGUAGGAGAUAAUUGGGAAAAAUGUAUUAACUUACAAGUAAAAAAAUUCCCAAGUGCGAUGGAAUGCUUGCAAAAUCUUCAAAAUUAGUACAGUAUUUGUAUCUUUUUCUUUGCAAUCUUUCUUGCCAGAUUUGAUCUCUUACUUUGCUGAGUAUGUCCCCAUCCUUUUCCAAGUUGUGUUUUAUUUCUUUGUAGUACUUCUUUUGGUUAAAUGUUAACGUUUUUCUUUUGAAGAAUUGUUCUUUUAAUUCAAGAAGUUUAUUUAUAAUAUUAUGGAUACCAGACAGUGAUUUGGAGAAUUAGGAAUACCUGACAAUGGUUUGAAGGCGUCACUCUUACUGAAGGUUGUAAUUGAUAGUUCAUGACAGUCACCUGAAUGUUUAGAUGAAGUCAGUAUAUUCAAAUAAUUCUGACAUAUCUGCAACUUUUAUGAUGUGUACAGUGGAGUUGCAGCUACUUUUUUCCUUUUGGUUUACUUUCGCCAGCUGAUAAUCCAGUAUGCCAUACAUUUAAUGUGUGAUAGUAUGAGUAUUGAAGUUUAUGAUAUCAUCUAUGUUUAUCAUGUGAUAAUCGCUAUCUGAUCACCAAAUCAAUAGCAUAAUGCAUUGAAAACUUAAUAACUUGUUCUGGCGAUUCUAUCUUCUCCAUCAUUAAAUAUUGCAUUCUAUAUAAAAAUGUUGAAUGAUAGAAUUGUUGAGUUGAAGCACUCCAAUUUUCUGUUUACCAUGGUUUCAUUGUCUAUUUCAAAGGUUUAGUGUUGAUAUAAAACUCUCAAUAAAAAUAGUGUAUUCGA